AUGAGUGACGCAUUGCAUACAGGGGUUUACUUCACCCCGACGCGCCACACCGACACCUACCCAGCUAUUGAUCCGCGUAAAUGUGACCUAAGCGGAAAGUACAUCUUCAUAACAGGCGCAUCCAAAGGCAUUGGGCGGGCCACUGCGUUAUCAUAUGCAAAAGCCGGCUGUGCUGGGAUCGGCGUCGGCGCUCGUACAGAUCUCUCGUCGCUCGUACCACUUCUUACUCAGGCCGCAGAGGAGGCAGGCAAGCCAGCUCCCCAAGUAGUACCUGUUACACUAGAUGUGACAGAUGCAGAGAGUGCAUCAUCAGCGGCCACCUCGAUUGCCUCAUCGUUCCCCCGUCUGGACAUUCUUAUUAAUAACGCCGGGUACCUUGAGAAACGCGUCAAAAUCGCGGAAAGCGACCCAUCCGAAUGGCAGAAGACAUGGUCCGUCAAUGUCAUGGGGCCAUACUUAGUUACUCGGGCGUUUCUUCCGCAGAUGCUGAGCAAAGGCGGAGACAGGAUCGUUGUAAACUUGGGCAGCAUUGCGGCGCAUUUGACAUCGCCUGGAGCUUCAGCUUACCAAACCAGCAAACUCGCUGUUCUUCGCUUUACGGAAUUCUUGGAUGCGGAUCAUGGACCGGACGAUGUUCUGACUUUUGCUGUGCACCCUGGCGGGGUGCCAACGGAUAUGGGAAAGAGGCUUCCUGAACAGAUGCACAAGGCUUUGACAGAAACGCCAGAGCUGUGUGCAGAUACGUUGGUAUUCCUUACUGAGAAAAGACGGAAGUGGUUAGCUGCUAGGUAUGUCUCAGUGACUUGGGACAUGGAGGAGCUAUUGCAGAAGGAAGAGGAGAUUGUGAGGGAGGACAAAUUGAAGGUUAGGAUGCGUAUCUGA